GAUACUCCGUCAAGGAAAACGCCAGCAGCGAGGACCAGCAAGCGACCUCCGAAAUUGGCAAAGAUUGCGAAGGACUUUGUCGAAAGAAGCUCGGCGAGAUUUAUAGAUGCACAUGGAUUCAGAUUCUCCCGUAGCGAUCAUAUUAAACUAAUUAAGCUGAUGUAUCUAGUGAUGGUUAAAAAAGAUCAGUGGCACGACGUUACACAUAAAGAUCUCGUGCUGGAAUGGGAACCUGUAUAUGACUUAUAUUAUGGAGCUGCAUAUGGAAAACUGGAGGACGUAGACGGCGGGAAGAAUCCGAAAGCCAACUUUCAGACUGAAGCGAUUCUACACAGGCCAUCUGAGUCUCCAAAGAUUUGGGAAAAGAUCCAAGUCCUACUAGCUCCUCGAUACUCGGCAAAGGAAUUCUGCGAAAUGGCGCUUUUGUUUCUCAAUAUUAGGAUGUCCACAGAGGCACGCAGCAAGAUGUUCUUGAGAGCUAAGAGCCAGAUCACAGGAAGUAUGGCGCAGCCCUGUGGUUCCAGACAAUGUGGAAGAUGUAUGAAGUUGUAG